AUGGCUAAAAAAUUUCAUAUUGGCCCUAAACGUAUUUAUGAAAUAUGGGACAAUAAAGAACGCCUUCAGCAAGCGGUUAUUUCAUCUCAGCCUGUUUCGAAGGAAAAUUCCCAAACUGAUAAGACGGAACAGCAUCUUGAAGCGGUACCAGAAGUACCAAAUCUGACUGAGAAAAGCACCAUGAUGAACGCCUUAAAGAACUUCGUAAUCUCUGUGAUGUUCUCCGUAAAGAUCCUAAAAGUAGAUAAUGAAGUAGGCACCAAAGAUAACCCGCUUUACGAAGCCGAAUUUGGGUCUUCUUCAAAAGGAGGCGGAGACGCAAUUGUUAAGAAAGAUGAGCAUCGUCACUUGAAUCAAUUUAUCGUUCAUUCCGCAUUAGAUAUUGUUGAAGAGAUGCAAUGGAAUACCAAUACAAUGUAG